AUGUUGUGGUAUCAGUACCAGAAGUCGGGUGAUGUGGCGAUGAACCUGAUCGAGAGAGCUUGGCAGAUAAUCACUGGUUCUUCAGUGUUGGACAUCAGCUCAUGUCCAAUCACUUAUUAUGGACAGAAGUACGAGCAAAUCUAUGUGAGUAUCCCGAUUGAAAACAUUGCAUUCUGCUUCGACAACUUUUUCAACCCUGAAACUGGAGGUGACUGUCUUGUGGGAACUGCACCUGACUCAGACAGCAUUGAGUUUUGGAUAAAUGAACCCAAUGCUGAAAUCCAAAAGCUGAUUUAUGACAAUGUAGCAACCAUCCAGAACAGGAUGGAAUGCUAUGUGUUGUUUAUCAUGGAGCUCAAUGGGGAAAAUGCAUUUGAGGCUCAGGUUGGUGGUAUCACAAUUGAUAUAAUGGCUGUUUCGUUCGGUCCCAGCAAUCGUCAGUAUCAAAGAUUCUUUGACAUCAGUGGAUGCCGAUAUGCUGGUGGUUUGUAUGAAUACGGUGCAGUGCUGAGCUCAGAUCUGGAAACCUGCUCUAGUCUCACCUGUUCUGACACUGCUCUGGACAACUCAAUCCUGACCCUCAAUAGUUCGCCUCAGCUGGUUCACAAUGUGAAGCUCUCUAAAGACCGAACUGGAGUCACUGCCAAGGUGUCGCUCUCAUACUCUACCAUCUCUGUCUUCUUUGACGGCUACACUGCACAGAUCCACUUAGAAGGCUUCCUCCUGGUAGGUCAUGCCAGCUGUAAUCUCCUGAAAGAGGCGCCCUUCUCCUCCUGUAACAGUGACAUUGACCCAGUGCCCUACAUAACCGCAUGCACCGACACUUUGUGUAAAUAUCCUGCAGUGGACGGACUCAACUGUCAGUUCCUGAAGGCCUACGCCAGAGUCUGCAGACUACACAACCACACUCUCGAUGGCUGGAAGUCAACGACUGGCUGCUCCUCUGAGGCCUUCUGUCAGGACACGACCUGCAGCGAUCACGAGUUUUGCGGUCAGAAGACGGUCGGUGGUGACACUCGUUGCUUCUGUCGAAUCAUUUUUGCCUCUAAAUACAGAUCAACCAACACUUUGGGUGAUCAAACAGUCUGCAGCCAGAACUCUGCUUCGCUCUCUCUGGCCGGUUGUCUUUUGGAGGACAAAGGCAUUGCAUACUCUGACUUACACCUCAAUGACCCGACCUGCAGGGGUCAGAUGGAUGAGCUUACCCACAUGGUGACCUUCAGCUUCAACAGCAGCAACAGCUGUGGGAUGGUGAUCACAACUAACAACAGCCAUAUUAUCUACAAGAACACUAUCACGAACCAGAAGAGCUCCUCUGGUGUCAUCACUCGCCAAGACCAAAUUUACAUCGACUUCUCUUGCAUCCACAUUCAGCCAGAUAUCGAGACUGCCAACUUCAGAAUCAGAGACAGUUCUGUGAUCCAGCAUGCUACACCCAGUGAUUGGAUUUACACUUUGACCAUGAAGGCCUACACUGAUCUGGGCUGCACACAAGCUGUGGAGUCUUUUGCUGAAGUUCCUCUGAACCAAAGAAUCUGGGUGGAGCUGAAGGCUGAUGGGUUGGAUGGAGACAUGGUUGCCAUGGUAACAGACUCUUGCUGGACCACUGACGUGGCAUCGCCCACUGGGAGUCUCAGAUAUGACCUGAUUAUCGAUGGAUGUGCGAACCCUGUUGACCUGACUGUGGACGUGAAGGAAAACGGACUGGGAACCUCCAACUAUUUUUCCUUCAAUAUGUUUCAGUUCGCUGGGAGCUCAGGUGAAAUCUACCUGCACUGCAAAAUUUACCUGUGCCCUAAACGGAGAAACAAAUGCACUCCGAACAACAGGGAGAGUUUAGAGGCUCUCCAAGAUUACAUCGAUCAGUGCUUCCAGGAUUUCAUAAUAAAGAAGGCCCAGAGUGCUUCCCCAGCCAAAUCUGAGACGCCGUCGUCGAAAAGACUUCGCCCGGCAGAUUCCCUCGGCACAACAUCGCCAGACGGCAAAGAUAUUGCCGACAUACUGGAGUCAAUCGACAAACGAUUGUCCAGUUUCGAUGCAAGGCUGUCCUUGGUGGAGAUUCUUCACCGAGAAUUUAAAUCCUUGCGAGAAUCCCUGGAGUUCAGCCAGCAGCAGGUGGAAACGCUCGCUGCUGAAAAUGCCACGCUAAGGGAGUCGGUGAAAUCCGCAAGAGAAGACGCGGAGACUACAGUAAAAAGCUUCAUCAAAACCCACCUGAAGCUGCCGGAGGACAUGGUGAAGAACAUCGUCUUUGAUAGGGUGCAUCGCAUUGGCCCCAUGCGGGCUGCGACCGGGAGACCACGUCCUACUGUUGCCAAAUUCGGCCACUUCAAACAAAAGGAACAGGUGAAAAGUCGCGUCAGGGAAUUAAAAGGAACGGACUUCAACGUGAACGACCAGUUCCCAAAAGAGAUCCUGGAACGACACAGGGUCCUCUUCCCAAUCCGACGCGGCUUCAUCCAGAAGGGCUCCCACACUGUGGACCGGCUCUACGUGGAUGGACAGCUUUACCACGACCCCAGCAUCUCUCCGUGGCUGUAUUAA